AUGGUGGAAUGUACCCUAUGCUCUAUUGUGGGCUUGGGAUUUCGUUGCCUAAGUAAUAUGUUAAUCACAGCCUUGGAAUAUCCUUUGGUGGUUUUCGUGUUAAGUGUAUUGAUAGCCUGCCUAUUGAUGACCAAUAUCCAUAGUGCAAAAAUCCUGUGUGACAUCGGCAAUGUGGCAGCAAGAACUUGCGGUAUUACAUCCGCCGAAGUUGACGGAACAAUUUUGAGACAUUUCGAUUAUGGCAUCGAAAGAGGUCCCCAUACAUGGCAAUGUUCGCAUACGAAUCAAUCACCCAUAAACAUAAUUGAAUCGAAUGUUCGCCAAUUCCCUAUACGGGAAUUACUGACAUGGAAUCAUUAUGAUGAUCUGCCCAGUGCCAUAAUUAUGGAAAAUAAUGGGCAUACCGUUGUGAUUCGAGCCACAUUUUCGGGUAAUACACCCACCUUAAGUGGUGCUGAUUUAUUGGCCAGUUAUAGUUUCGUUGAGUUGUGUUUCCAUUGGAGUCUUUCGAACAACAAGGGUUCGGAACAUAUGCUCAAUUAUCGCCACUAUCCCAUGGAAAUGCAAGUUAUGCAUCGCACUGGUCCACCGGCGGAGAAUAUCUCAAGUUAUGAUCUGUUAAUGGUGGCAUAUUUUUUUGAUAUCUCCUCCAACAAUCCGUACUUGGAACCGAUUGUACAAAAUUUACAUCGCAUUAAAAUGCCCGGCUCACACAUUGAAAUUCCACCAUUCCCCCUCAGCUAUUUGUGUCAGUAUCAGUUUCGCAGCGGUUUCUAUAGUUAUGGUGGAUCAUUGACCCAACCUCCAUGCUAUCAAGGUGUUGAAUGGUUCGUAUUUCCCGAACCACUGGCAAUUGGUGAAAGGCAAUUAAACGAAUUUCGUCAACUGCUCAGUGUGGAUGCGAAAUCACGAAUAGUACAAAAUUCUCGACCCGUUCAAAAUGUCCAUGAAUCAUCGCGUGUGAUUAAUUUGAAUCAAUAUAAUCCAGUGGAUCCGGCUUGUAGCCUGAUGGAAGGUCAACAAUCGCAAACUGCGGAUAUGAUAAUGGAACGUAUUUUCAAAAAAAAAAAAAAAAAGAAGAAAGAACAAGAAAAACGUGAG